AUGCCCAUGUCAUCUCCCGCAAUGCUGCUGCAUGACCCCCCCAACGUCACAGCCGACGUUCCGGAAGCCAACGGGACCAACGGGACCUCCUGCGGCCACAAGCGCACCGUCGUCAUUCCCAGCGAGCUCUUCCUGACGCUGGGCUUGCUGAGCCUGGUGGAGAACGUGCUGGUCAUGGCGGCCAUCGUCAAGAACCGGAACCUGCACUCGCCCAUGUACUACUUCCUCUGCUGCCUGGCCGUCUCGGACCUCCUGGUGAGCAUCAGCAACUGCGUGGAAACCCUCUUUAUCCUCCUGAUAGACCACCGGGUGAUGAUCCUGGAGGACGCCACGGCGCGCCACAUGGACAACGUCAUGGACGUGCUCAUCUGCUGCUCCUUCAUGGCCUCGCUGUCCUUCCUGGGCGUCAUCGCCAUCGACCGCUACAUCACCAUCUUCUACGCCUUGCGGUACCACAGCAUCAUGACCAUCCAGCGGGCGGUCAUCAUCAUCGUGGCCAUCUGGGUGAUCAGCACGAGCGCCAGCACCAUCUUCAUCGCCUUCGACGACAACAAGAGCGUGGUCCUCUGCCUGCUCACCUACCUGCUCUUCAUGCUGACCCUCAUCAUGGGGCUCUACAUCCACAUGUUCGUGCUGGCUCGCCGGCACGCCCGGGCCAUCUCCAGGAUGCACCGGAAACACACGGCCCCCCAGGCGACGAGCAUGAAGGGGGCCAUCACCCUCACCAUCCUGCUGGGGGUCUUCUUUGUCUGCUGGGGCCCCUUCUUCCUCCACCUGAUCCUCUUUGUCACCUGCCCCACCCACCCCUUCUGCAACUGCUACUUCCAGUACUUCAACCUCUGCGUCAUCCUGGUCAUUUGCAACUCCGUGGUGGACCCCAUCAUUUACGCCUUCCGCAGCGAGGAGCUCAGGAAAACCUUGAAGGAGGUGGUGAUGUGUCGCUGCAGAGAAGAUGCUUUGGUGCCGUGGUCUGCGUGUGAUAUCAGAGAACUCUCUACGGGCCUGUGCCAGGAAAUACUCCCUGCAGCUGCCCAGGGUGGAGGACUAUGCCUGGAAGGAGGAGACCCUGCCCUUUCUAACCGACUCUUGUUAUUCCUUCAGUUCUGGGAGGUGAUCAGCGAUGAACACGGGAUAGACCCCAGUGGGAACUAUGUCGGAGACUCCGAUCUGCAGCUGGAAAGGAUCAGCGUUUAUUACAAUGAAGCCUCCUCUCACAAGUAUGUUCCUCGCGCCAUCCUCGUGGACCUGGAACCCGGCACCAUGGACAGCGUCAGGUCGGGUGCUUUCGGCCACCUCUUCAGACCCGACAACUUCAUCUUUGGUCAAAGUGGUGCAGGGAACAACUGGGCGAAGGGGCACUACACAGAGGGUGCCGAGCUGGUGGACUCUGUCCUGGACGUGGUGCGGAAGGAGUGUGAGAACUGUGACUGUCUGCAGGGCUUCCAGCUCACCCACUCCCUGGGCGGGGGCACAGGGUCUGGAAUGGGGACCCUCCUCAUUAGCAAAGUCCGUGAAGAGUACCCCGACCGGAUCAUGAACACUUUCAGUGUGGUGCCUUCCCCCAAAGUGUCUGACACGGUGGUGGAGCCCUACAAUGCCACCUUGUCCAUCCACCAGCUGGUGGAAAACACCGACGAGACCUACUGCAUCGACAACGAGGCCCUCUACGACAUCUGCUUCCGCACCCUCAAGCUGGCCACACCCACCUACGGAGACCUCAACCACCUCGUCUCCGCCACCAUGAGCGGCGUGACCACCUCCCUGCGGUUCCCCGGGCAGCUCAACGCCGACCUCCGCAAGCUGGCCGUCAACAUGGUGCCCUUUCCCCGCCUCCACUUCUUCAUGCCCGGCUUCGCCCCCCUCACCAGCCGGGGCAGCCAGCAGUACCGGGCCCUGACCGUGCCGGAGCUCACCCAGCAGAUGUUCGACGCCAAGAACAUGAUGGCCGCCUGCGACCCCCGCCACGGCCGCUACCUGACCGUCGCGGCGAUCUUCCGUGGGAGGAUGUCCAUGAAGGAGGUGGACGAGCAGAUGCUGGCCAUCCAGAGCAAGAACAGCAGCUAUUUUGUGGAGUGGAUCCCCAACAACGUCAAGGUGGCCGUCUGCGACAUCCCUCCGCGGGGCCUGAAGAUGUCCUCCACCUUCAUCGGCAACAGCACGGCCAUCCAGGAGCUCUUCAAGCGCAUCUCAGAGCAGUUCACGGCCAUGUUCCGGCGCAAGGCCUUCCUCCACUGGUACACGGGCGAGGGCAUGGAUGAGAUGGAGUUCACAGAGGCCGAGAGCAACAUGAACGACCUGGUCUCAGAGUAUCAGCAGUACCAGGAUGCGACAGCUGAAGAGGAAGGCGAGAUGUACGAGGAUGACGAGGAGGAGUCCGAGGCCCAAGGUGCCAAGUGAGAGUUCCGGGCCAGGGGCCGUGUCCAGUUCCUCCCGGUGAGAGCUGAGCACCGACAAGGCCCUCUAGUUCAUCGUCCUCCAUUUUUGCUACCCCUUUGCUGAGUUCUAGGCAACCAGCCGCUAGUUGCUUCUGAUUCAAGGGUUCCAAACUGGAAGACUGUUCCGUAUGUAACUGUCUUCCCCCUCCCCUCCCCCCCGUGUCUUCUCAGUUAGCGCCGCUCCCUCUGUCCUCCAUCACUUUAAUAACGUCAAGGGCCCUGGUCUUUAUUUUUUAUUGGUCUGUGUCUAUUUUUAUGUUUUGGAAUACUUAAUAAAUCUA